GAACUUUUAGGAGCAAAAACUAUAUUCUGUUCAUUUUCUGUCAUCUCAAGGCCAUAGCAUAUAUCUAGGGAUCAAUAUUUGUGAAUAGAAUUGAAAUGAUCUAGAAAUUUUUGGGUUCAUGAAUACAGAGGGGGGAGUCAAGAAGUGAUAUUGAGUGCACAGGAUGGACUCAGCAUUCGUGACUCUUCAGGUAAGCAGAAACUUAACCAGAUUACCAUCAUCUUUCUUACUCUUGCCCCAUCUUGGCAGUUCUGUGGUUUUGUACCUCAAGCUGAUGGUACAAGUGUCAAGCAUGUAAGUUCUGGCAUUCCUCCCUGGUAGUGCUAGAGCACUGUUAUUUCUGUGUAAUGGAGGAAGAUGGCUCAGAGAUGGAUUCUGGCACAGAGCCCAGUGAGAAAUUUUCAGUGGCAGCUAGUGUGUACAUAAAUGGGCCUAGCAUUCCUCUGGAGGCCAAGUGUUGUGACUUUUCAAAUUGCAAAGCUAACCUGUGUCUACCACCUGUCAGAUUCCCUUGAGAGCAUUCUGACUGUACCCAGUUCCUUUUCAGCAAUAAGGGUUAGUAAGGUUGAUCGAACUUGAGCAAAUUGGAACAUGGAGAUUUUUCCCAGUUGAAAUAAAAUUUAAAAUCUAUGACCCCCAAAGAAGCAGAAAUAAAGUAUUUAGCAGAGUAAGUGGGAGGAUGAUCAUUAUGACACAUUUUUAUCAUAAAUUUCAGUUUUGGAAAUGGAUAUUCAAAGGUUUCAGAAUUUGGCUCUUGGUUGCUACUUAAGAGAAAAAGAUAGUGGGAACCUAAAGCCUAAUUUGUCUGGUCUUGGAGCUGAAGUUUUGUUUUUGUUUUAUUUUUUUAAGUUAAAGCUUGUCCUAAUCCCUUGGACAUCCCUCUUUAGUUUUGGUUGAGCAACCUUUCCUUUGCUCUGUCAAUUGGCCACAUAUACUAUAGCACGUUCUUAUCUAGGAAGUUCCUUGGAGCAAAAUGAGGCUGGGUAUUUGUUGGGUAUUUGCCUUAGCAAAACUCAAAAUCUCCUGGCAGUUAGGGUUUGGUGGCUAAAUGAGAGGGUUAUGUAGUCAAAGAGAGGACUGGUUUCAAGUUCUGGGCCUGUGCCAUCCCCAGAUUGCUGCCUGUACUGCUUGAAUGGAAAGUAGCAUCAAAUUGUAGCAAAUAUCUCUCCCUAUUUGUUUCUAGCUUUCAAACCAGUUUAUUCAUCUGCCUAUAUAGGCUGAGGAAAUGUGGCAAGCUUAGAAGCUGCAGAGCAUGACAGCUUUAAACUAUCAAGGAGGAACUGGGAAAGUGGACUUUUUAGGGAUGAGGUACAUUUAAAAGUUCUCCACUUAUGCACAAUAACUACCUUCCCUGGGUUACUAUAGUCAAGGUUUUUUAGACCAUUGUGUCUUACUUACCCUGUAGGAACAGAUUGUCCCUUUGUUCUAGACUGCAGAAGCUUCAGCACUAUCCUCUUGGCAAUGCCUUUUGGGGACAAAGAAGCCUUGAGGGACUGCUUUAGGGAACCCAUUGUCCCUCUUCCCCACCUUCUGAAGGCAAGGAACUCUUUCCUCUUAGAAGAGACUGGGAGUUCCCAGCCAUGUUUUUGGAAAAGGCCUAUGGUUUGUUAAUGGAUGUGAUCUGAAAAGGAGGAAGUGCUUGGGUACUUUGAAGUAUUUGACUAGAUGUUUUGUAUAGUAUGUUAUCACAUCUUCACAGCUUUCAUGUGAAGUAGUUUAUCACAUAACAUUAUCACCUUCAAUUGCACAUAACGAACCCCCAACUAAACUGGCUUAAAUCAGAAACUUAUAAUAUGACAAAGAAGUCUUAAUUUAAUAUGGCUCCAAGAUUGGUUCAUUCAGUGGCUCAGUGAUCACACCAACAAAUCAGAUUCUUGCAAUCACUUUCUCUACUAUUCUCUGUUGGUUUAUCUUCAUGAUAGUUCACCUCAGGAUCUCAAGGUGGCUACGGUAAUUCCAGGAAGGAAGUGCAAAUAAGGAAAUCCUUGGAAGUCCCAGCAGAUCUGGCCUGUCUCAUUCACUAGAAAUGGGUCAUCUUCCCACUUCUGCUAUUGGCAAAGCAAAUGAGAUCAUCUAUCAUGAGUGGCUUAGAUUAGGAGUUACCUUCUGAGUCAUGUGGAUUAGAAAGACAAGUUUUGUCUGCUAGGCGAGAAAGAAGGGGAUAUGGGCUCCUGGGUAUGCAUUCAGCAGUGUCUGCUUUGCAUAGGUGCUCUGGCUUUUAGAGAUGAGGAAUUGAAGUUCAGAGAGUGACUUUCUUUCAAUCACAUACAGUUGCAGCAGGCCUUCAGUCUCAGUUCUGUCCCUAAGGCCAACAUGUUUUAUACUGUGUUCUCCUGCAGUACAAAAUAGCUUGCUUUCUGCUGUGUAAGAACUGAUGGUCUCAAAAAAACAAAAACAAAAACUGGUGGUCUAGGAGAAGAGAUUUGAACUUGAGUCAAGUUGAGGAUUCUAGCCAGUUGCUCUCCUCAUCCAGUGAUGUUUAUUUAUCUGGCACAGGAAGCCUAGGAAUGCAACUUUCAGAGGGCACGGAUUUCCUUGUCCCUCAGAUGUCUGUAGUAUUUUAUAGUUCUCCCUUCUGAAAGCAAGCAGAGCCACAAGGGAUAAGGACAGAGUUUUAGCCUGAGCUGCAUUCUGGAAGUCUACUCAUGCAUCCGUCCAUCCCACAAAUAUUUAUGGAAUAUAGCUAUGUGCCAGGGGUACAUUGGCUAGGCACUAGGGGUAUGACAGUUAACAAGAUACACAAAGACGCUGCUCUAUGGCCUUAAGGGCCAACUCAUUUGGGAAUGAGGUUAUCCAAAAAUAGGGUAUGCAUUGUGGUCAGGGGAGAGGCUCAUACAAUUUGCUUUUGGCAGAAUUAUUGCACCUCUCACCUUCCCACUUCUUGAUACUACAAUUCAUGAACCUUUUACAUGGGCUCACUCUAAAGAGGGGUGAGGUCCCUGAAUAGCAGAAGUAGAUGGGAAGGCAUCAUUGACAUUAAAUUGGACUGAACUAGGUCCAAAUCCUGCCUCAUCGAUGUCAACAAAGAAGACAGUGGCCUACCUCAAGGGCUCAUCAACAUCGUCAUGUCUAUUCUGGGAGAUGACAAUGAAGCCUGCAGUCAUUUAGGGAAUCUGUUCCAGAACGGGAAGGUGAGGGUGUGAUAGAAUCUUGCACAAGAGUUGGUAUUUACCCUGUUGGGGUGCUGCUACUGAUUUGGAUUCUGUAUAGUCAGGUAUUGAAAAUUUAGGAUACAGUGUUUCAUCUGGUGACAUUUAAUUUUAUAUUUUGAAAUUGAAAUUUUCUGUGAAAGGGUUAAUGGUUUGAAGAAGAAAGUGAGGCAGAAAUGAAGUCCGAUGUAGGUUUGAAUACCUUCCAUUUAUGAAAUGUUUAUUGUAAUAGGUGCAUGUAAUAAGUGCUUUAAAAUGUUACCUAUAGUAAACUUUUUUUAUUCACUAGCAUGUAGUUAGGGAGGAUUUUCUCUGCUUUAUAUACAGUCCCUAACUUCAUAACAAUCGUAUAAGAUACGUUUUUCUCUCCAUUUGUCAGAUAAGAAAACAAGCCCAGAGGCUUUAAGUGACUGAUCCAAAGUCCCACAGUGAUUGGGGGGAACUGAAGAUAGGAUAUUUUUUCUACUGUUCCCCUUUGUCCCAAGCUUUUGAUUUUUAAAACUCUAAAUGAUGUCUCUACUGAUGUUUAGGGAUAUAGGCAAAAAUCAGGAAUCAUUCUUCAGCCUUAAAUAGUAUCACCUCUCAUUAAGGCAACAUAAGAAGGACCUACUAUUUCCUAGCGAGUGUGCUGGCCAUCCUAAUCUUAUAAAGCUCACAAACUAGUGCGGGAGGGGGUUCACAAACUAGUAAGCAAAACAAAUUACAGAUUAAGAUUAUUAAGGAAAUGCUGUGAUAGAAAAAUGAGCUCCCACCCUAGCUCAGUGAUCCGGAAAAGACCUCUCUGAAAUGAGUCUUACGUUGAGGUAUAAAAAGAAGCAUUGCGGGCCUGGAGAAGGAAGAAAAGGUGAGUGUGGAGAGGAAGGGCUCUGUUCCUGGCCAAGGGAACCCAAAGUAGAGGGGCGCCAAGUCGGAAAGGGAAAUGCUUUGCCUGUUGUGGGAAUUAGCAGAUCAGUAUAGCUGCAGCAUAGUGAUGAGGAAAAGUCUUGCUUGAGGAGAAAGGAAGGGCCCUUAACGCGGUGCGUUUUGGCACCGGGAAAGAGUGAUCUCAGCGUGAUGAGACGCUAUUAAAGCGUUUCAAACAAGGAAAUUAUCCCAUGUGUUGUGUAAUGUCCUGUCUCUUAAUCCUUUUUCCCAAGCUAAAUUACACCCCCCCUCCCGCCCCCCAAAAUGGUCGUCAAAGCAACCCACGGAGUUGGAGUGAUCGGUUGCGGUGGUCACUUGACCGCCUGCUGAGGAGGAGGCGCGUGGUGCCGCCCCAGGUGGGCGGGGCGGGAAGGGCUUCUUAAGGAGGGUGGCUCUGCCCUAGACGUGCUCUGCCCCAGUCACUCUCAGCUGCAGGUCCAGGCCUUGCACCUCAGACCGGCCACGCUCCAGGUAGGCUCCUCCCCAGUCUCAUGCUGCCUCCCCACGGCGGCUCUUCCUGACGAGAGCUUUCGGAGUGCGGUAGCUGAGGAGAAGCCGUCACCACCUCGCUUCGGGGCCGAACGAGGGUGCCUGUCGCGCCGCGUCGCCCCCCUGCGCUGCCUCGUUGCCCCCAGUGGUGGGCGCCCUUCUCGCUCGAAGCACUCCCCCCAGCUCCAUGAAUGGAAAUCGGCUCCGCAGGACCCGUUGGGGCCCAGCCCCUACUCAUGGUGCCCAGAAGACCUGGCUAUGGCACCAUGGGCAAACCCAUUAAAUUGCUGGCUAACUGUUUUCAAGUUGAAAUCCCAAAGAUUGAUGUCUACCUCUAUGAGGUAGAUAUUAAACCAGACAAGUGUCCUAGGAGAGUGAACAGGGAGGUGGUUGACUCAAUGGUUCAGCAUUUUAAAGUGACGAUAUUUGGGGAUCGUAGACCAGUUUAUGAUGGAAAAAGAAGCCUUUACACAGCCAAUCCACUUCCUGUGGCAACUACUGGGGUAGAUUUAGAUGUUACUUUACCUGGGGAAGGUGGAAAAGACCGACCUUUCAAGGUGUCGAUUAAGUUUGUCUCUCGGGUGAGUUGGCACCUACUACAUGAAGUACUGACAGGACGGACCUUGCCUGAGCCGCUGGAAUUAGACAAGCCAAUCAGUACUAAUCCUGUCCAUGCUGUUGAUGUGGUGCUACGACAUCUGCCCUCCAUGAAAUAUACGCCUGUGGGGCGUUCCUUUUUCUCAGCUCCCGAAGGAUAUGACCACCCUCUGGGAGGGGGCAGGGAAGUAUGGUUUGGAUUCCAUCAAUCUGUUCGACCUGCCAUGUGGAAAAUGAUGCUUAAUAUUGAUGUUUCUGCCACUGCCUUCUACAAAGCACAACCUGUAAUUCAAUUCAUGUGUGAAGUUCUUGACAUUCAUAAUAUUGAUGAGCAACCAAGACCACUGACUGAUUCUCAUCGGGUAAAAUUCACCAAAGAGAUAAAAGGUCUGAAGGUUGAAGUGACUCAUUGUGGAACAAUGAGACGGAAAUACCGUGUUUGUAAUGUAACAAGAAGGCCUGCCAGUCAUCAAACCUUUCCUUUACAGUUAGAAAAUGGCCAAACUGUGGAGAGAACAGUAGCACAGUAUUUCAGAGAAAAGUAUACUCUUCAGCUGAAGUACCCACACCUUCCUUGUCUGCAAGUGGGGCAGGAACAGAAACAUACCUAUCUGCCACUAGAAGUCUGUAAUAUUGUGGCAGGGCAACGAUGUAUCAAGAAGCUAACGGACAAUCAGACAUCCACUAUGAUCAAAGCAACAGCAAGAUCUGCGCCAGAUAGACAAGAGGAAAUUAGCAGAUUGGUAAGAAGUGCAAAUUAUGAAACAGAUCCAUUUGUUCAGGAGUUUCAAUUUAAAGUUCGGGAUGAAAUGGCCCAUGUAACCGGACGUGUACUCCCAGCACCUAUGCUGCAGUAUGGAGGACGGAAUCGGACAGUAGCAACACCAAGCCAUGGAGUAUGGGACAUGAGAGGGAAACAGUUCCACACAGGAGUUGAAAUAAAAAUGUGGGCUAUAGCUUGUUUCGCCACACAGAGGCAGUGCAGAGAAGAAAUAUUAAAGGGUUUCACCGACCAGCUGCGUAAGAUUUCUAAAGAUGCAGGGAUGCCCAUCCAGGGCCAGCCUUGCUUCUGCAAAUAUGCGCAGGGGGCAGACAGUGUGGAGCCCAUGUUCCGGCAUCUUAAGAACACCUACUCAGGGCUGCAGCUCAUUAUCGUCAUCCUGCCGGGGAAGACGCCGGUGUAUGCGGAAGUAAAACGUGUAGGAGAUACACUUUUGGGUAUGGCUACACAGUGUGUCCAAGUCAAGAAUGUAAUAAAAACAUCCCCUCAAACUCUCUCAAACUUGUGCCUAAAGAUAAACGUUAAACUCGGAGGGAUCAAUAAUAUUCUUGUACCUCAUCAAAGACCUUCUGUGUUCCAGCAACCUGUGAUCUUUUUGGGAGCAGAUGUCACUCAUCCACCAGCUGGUGAUGGAAAGAAGCCUUCUAUUGCUGCUGUUGUAGGUAGUAUGGAUGCCCAUCCAAGCAGGUACUGUGCCACAGUAAGAGUUCAGAGACCCCGACAAGAGAUCAUCCAGGACUUGGCUUCCAUGGUUCGAGAACUUCUCAUUCAGUUUUAUAAGUCAACUCGGUUCAAACCUACUCGUAUCAUCUUUUAUCGGGAUGGUGUUUCAGAGGGACAGUUUAGGCAGGUAUUAUAUUAUGAACUACUAGCAAUUCGAGAAGCCUGCAUCAGUUUGGAAAAAGACUAUCAACCUGGAAUAACCUACAUUGUAGUUCAGAAGAGACAUCACACUCGAUUGUUUUGUGCUGAUAGGACAGAAAGGGUUGGAAGAAGUGGCAAUAUCCCAGCUGGAACAACAGUUGAUACAGACAUUACACAUCCAUAUGAGUUUGAUUUUUACCUCUGUAGCCAUGCGGGAAUACAGGGUACCAGCCGUCCUUCACACUAUCAUGUUUUAUGGGAUGAUAACUGCUUUACUGCAGAUGAACUUCAGCUGCUGACUUACCAGCUCUGCCACACUUACGUGCGCUGUACAAGAUCUGUUUCUAUACCUGCACCAGCGUAUUAUGCUCACCUGGUAGCGUUCAGAGCCAGAUAUCAUCUUGUGGACAAAGAACAUGACAGCGCUGAAGGAAGUCAUGUUUCAGGACAGAGCAAUGGGCGAGAUCCACAAGCUCUUGCCAAGGCUGUACAGAUUCACCAAGAUACCUUACGCACAAUGUACUUUGCUUAAAAAGUCCAAGAAUAUUCUCUGAGAGGAAGAAUUGAGAGAUGCAUUGACAUACAGCGUAUGUUUCCAGUGGAGUCAGUUGAGUGGGAAUGCCUCCAGCCAUACAGCAACCAACACUGUGUGGGGACCAGGGUCUGAUUUUUAUGUUAAUAUAAGGAAGAUUGUUUACUUCAUCAAGGAACACAGCACCAUUAUGCAAUAUGAAACCAGCCAACUGCUUUUUUGUGCGGUCUCCUUAGGAAGUAUCGCCAUCAUUUUGUUUUCACUUUCUUGUAGUCUAACCCUUUUAAUGCCUUUACCUCAAGUUGCUUGGCAGCACAACUAUCUUUGCAAAAAAAAGUAAAGAAAAAGUAAAUGAUGGUUUAAAAAAAAAACACACCUUACAUGAAUAAUCAAAGUGAUUGUUCACAAUUAUGUGUGCAAAAAAAAUUAAUGUGCAUUCAUGUAUUCUUGUGAAAGGUAUCUGUGUAUAUUUUAAAUAUAUACAUGUAUACUUCAUAUGCAUAUAUAUCUGGAUCUACAGUGAUAGUAGAUAUAUAUGUGUCUGUAUUUUAUAGUUCAUUCCAUCUGGGAGCUUUCUUCCCCUUUUAUCAUCCUCCUACCACCCCUUUUGUUUCUCUCUACCUCCCUCACCUCAUCACCUACAUUUUUUUUCCUGAUGAUGCUACCAGUGACAUUCACAUGUUCAUGUAUCUGGUUCAUUUGGAUAUGAAGCAUGGCAAACUAGAUUUUUAUUUUUAUUUUGCACGCCCUACUCCUGUCUCUUCUCAUACACAAUUCUGAGUCCUCAAUUCUUGAUAAUUGCUUUCUUAAACAAAAUUAUUACACACACACGUGUGUGUGUGUGUGUGUGUGUGUGUAUACACACAUAUAUAUGAAGUUUCUAUGAGAGUGUCUGCCCCCUCCUGCUCUGAACUUACAUUUGCCAUUUGUGCAAUGUGUACAUAAGCAGUAGCAAUCUUGAACUAUUCUCUUAAACUAUUCUUUUUCUUUAGUUUGUUAAAGCUGCUAUAAAUAUAAAGCCUUGUCAGAAGUUGUAACUCAGAAAUUUCUCUGUAAGUGAUGAAUUCUAAAGCCUUCUGUUUCUAUGGGUAUUACAUGAAAGUCCCUUACAGCUUUUGUAAAGGGCAAAUAUUUUAAAUGAUGGAAACUCUUUAGGGUUGAGGCCUCUGAAAUUGAGUGGAAAGAGAGAAGGGGUUGCUGAGGGUUUUUUAAUUUUAAUUUUUUUUUUUUUUGCUAGUUUACUUGCUGCCUCUCAUACCUUAAUGUGAUUUUCAUAUAUAUAUUUUUAUAUAUAUGUGUGUAUAUAUAAAUAUAUAUGUAUGUGUUUUGAAGUACAGCUUCCUUUUCUUUUAUAUUUAUUAGAAUAGUGCUUUAAUUAGAGAACUGUAUUGGCAACAUCUUUUAUAGAAAUGUAAUCAUGUUUAUUUUAAGAACUGACAACGUGUUUUGCUGUCUUUUAGUGCAAUAAGCAGUUUUAAAGGAAAGGUGUGUCUGUUUGAUUUCUUUACCACAGAUAGGUGGAGAAACAGACACCUCCAUGAUUUUAAAAGGGCAAAGUAAUACAGCCUUAAUUUCAGAAGGAAAGUUUUGUAAUUUUUCAAGUUUAAAGCAUGUCUUUUAAAAAUCCUAAUGAAAAUGAAGGAAGUUAAAUUUCCUAAAUGAGUCUGAUCUUAAAUAUUAGAGAUAGAGUUGAACUUUAAGAAAUGACAGCGAAUAGUGGCUCAGUUGGUGGAGCAUGUGACUUUUGAUCUUGGGGUUGUGAGUUCAAGCCCCGUGUUGGGUGUGGAGC